CUCUCGCGUGUUAGUCGACCUCUCGUCAACUGUAUAUAUACCAUCGUUGCUUGGCCUCUUCCUACACACUCUCUCAAGGCUUCAUCUCCAGUCACUCGUGUUUCCUUAUCUCAGUCGCUCUCGUUCUGCCUCGACGGCAUUAAUCACGGCGCGUUUCCUCAAGUCCACUUACAUCGCCUUAGUCAAGCUCACUCGCUCUAGCUUGGCUUCAUCUCACACCCGCUUGAACAGACCAAGAGACUUCACACUCACUGUAGUCUCUCGAUCAUCAGACUCUCUUUCUUUUCGAGGAAUCUCAUCAGACCUCGACCUUGUUCUCACCAACGAUAUACUAGACGCGUAUCACUUUUUCUUCUCAAAACUAGCUUUUUCAAGCAUCCAUCACCUUUCUACUCCGCCUUUCAAUAUGAAGGUCUCUACCUCUAUCGUCGCCCUGGCUGCCGGCCUUGGCCAAGUCAGCGCGACCUAUUUCCACAACGCUCCCCCUUUCACUUGCCCGGGCAACUCCAACAACCACUGCCUCGACGAGUACCGUGCUGGUCUGAACUGGCAGGAUCUCCAGCCCGGCAGCUUCGACAAGUACAAGGGCUUCCUCUGGAAGGGUUUCCAGGCGGCCGACCGCUUCAGCAAGCGCAGCGAGCUCGCUCCCCGCAAGUUCCAGGACAAGUGCAUUGCCGGCAAGGCGCACCCGUCGAAGGACCAGAGCCCCAAGAUGAGCUGUGACAAGUCCGCGGGCAACGUCAAGACGUCGAUCAAGGAGUUCCAGAUCGAGACGGCCUUUGACUGCGACCUCGAGUUCCACUAUGGCAUGCCCGACGGCUCCAUCUGCAAGCAGCGUCACCACUGCCCCAAGGCUGGAACCACGAUCCCCAACAACCAGUGUGGUGGUGCUACCGAUGUUACCAUUGUCUACCCGUCCCAGCCCAACAAGCCCAAGGACGGCUGCGACUUUGCCAUCCCCAGCAUCGUCUUCGACUGUGACAACCACACGCCCACCUCUACAUACUCGGUUGUGAAGCCCCCUCAGUCGACUUCUACCACCUACCAUGCUCUGCCUCCCGUCUCGAGUUCCGCGACUACCAGCUCGACCGCGGCGGCCACGACCUCCAGCACCCCUGGUGGCGAUAUCUACUCCACCAAGUCUGUGCCUGAGAACACUUACACCACCAAGUCUGUGCCUGAGAACACCUACACUCCCUCCGUCCCUGCUACCACCUCGAGCUCCAGCCCUCAGGACAGCACUUCCUCUGCGUUCUUCCCCAGCGGCACCUCCAGCAGCGCUGGUGCCUCUAGCUCGUCUGGCUCGUCGUCCGCUCCCGAGGGUACCUACUCCUUCACUCAGCCCUCGGGUGCCGGCUCCACGAGCUCUGCCCCUGCUGACACUACCUCCUCAUCCGCCGGCCCCGAUAACACGUAUUCUGCCUCCGUACCCGCUCAGUCGUCCAGCAGCACACUGGCCGUCUCAGAGAGCAGCAGCUCAAGCUCCAGCGGUUUCUCCUCGGCGACCACAUACGUUCCCGGCACCACAUCUGGCCCUGCUGAAACACCUUACACCACUACCAGCACUCCCUCCGGCACUGCUUCCGUCCCGGCUCCUCCUCCCGUCGAGACCCUGCCCUGCCCCAACGUGGUACCCUCGUGCUUGAACACCUGGAUGUUUAUCGUCACCUGCAUUGACAACACCGACUCGGCUUGCUACUGCCCGGAUGAGAAGUUCGUCAAGAACGUCUUCGACUGCAUGUACGCUCACGGCGAGACCGACGACAUCAUCAAGGAGGCCGUCGAGUACUUCCAGGGUAUCUGCGCACCUUUCGUCCCCCAGAACCCGGCCAUCGGAACCGGCGCCCAGACCAUUACCAACAUCCUCACCAUCACUGCCACCGCGCCCCCGACUGCCACAUACACGACCAUUGAGAUCACCGCGACCUCGAUCGUUCCCGUCACCGACUCCCAGGGCUCCGAGAUCCCCGACUCCAGCACCACCAUCACCUACAGCACCACCGUCAGCGUGCCCGAGGUCCACUUCACCACCAUCACCUCCGAGCCCGGUUCGACCCAGAUCGGCAUCAUCCCGGGCCCUACUGUCUACCCGACUGCCGCCGCGCCUGGUGUCCCGACCGCCACUCCCACUGACUUCGGCCCUUACCCCACUGUCGGCAACGGCGGCGCCACCACGCUCAUCACCUCCAAGCCCGGCCAGCAGCCAACGGGCGGUAUCUUCCCCUCCGGGUCUGCCAUCCCUACCAUCCCGACCGCUGGUGCGGGCCGUGUCGGCGCCGGCCUUGCUAGCCUCAUGGCUGGUGUCGUUGCCGCCGCCGCCGCCGCUCUUGUCCUCUAAGCAUGCUCAUUGGUCUCUCUGCAUACAUAAUCUUCCCACCGGAAGCAAUGUACAUGUAUACACCAACCGAACCCGGAAAUAUUCAAUUCAUCACGAUCCUUACGACCACAUACACAUAUUUUGAGCACAAAGGGCAUUCAGUCCAAAGGGGCUAAGAGCUAGGACAGACAACCUGCACUUGCAAAGAGGAGACGAGAGAGAAGAAGGGAAUUAAAAGCAAGGGGUCCUUUUCGAGCUUUUUUAGUAGUUCUGCUCGACUGAGAAAGAGGGGAGAGAAGCAUGAAUCCCCAAGGAGAACGCUGUAAUAUUUAAUUGAUACCACGAGUCGCACCUUGUACUUUUUCUAGGCCAGCAGAAAUUCCAAAAAGAAGCAAAUAUAUUUGCUUGUUACUUUACA